ACACCCUCUGCUGCCAAACAAAACCAGAACAAGACAAAAGCAAUGCUCUGUUUUCAGUCCUCUCAUUCCUUCCUUAAUUCCUUUCUCUGUCUUUCAAAUCCAGCUCUUCCUCCUCCCCAUUCAGCUAUCGUCUUUUCCUUCAAAAAUUAGCUUAAGUUUUGGCUGCUGAACCAUGAGUUUUGUACGGGCAUCUCUUUUAUUUCAUUUCAUUCGUUGUCGUCUUCUGCUGCUGCUUCUUCUGCUUCUCGUUCAAAGUCACUCUCUUUUUUCGUACUCAACCCCUAUGAUAUGUACUGACACGACGCGCCUCUGCACGUCUUUUUUGGCCUUCAAGCCUCAACCGAACCAGACCCUGAACCUGAUCCAGUCCAUGUUCGAUGUCCUCGCCAAUGACGUAACCGUCGAAGAGAGCAGCAACGGCCUUAACUACCUUUUCAUUAGGAAGAAUUGCUCGUGCUUGCACACCACAAUGCAGUACGCGACAGACACCACGUUCACGGUGCGAUCCAACGAGGGCUUCGUGAACGACUUGGCGUUUCGCGCAUACGAUGGGCUGGCUUUCUUGUUACCCAAUACGUCAAGGGUGGCCAGGGUCGGAGCUGUCGUUUCGUUGAGGCUCUUCUGCGGGUGCUCCAGUGGAUUGUGGAAUUACUUGAUGAGCUAUGUGAUGAAAGAUGGGGAUAGUGUGCAGUCGUUGGCGAGCAGGUUUGGGGUGAGCAUGGAUAGCAUUGAGCAAGUGAAUGGGAUUGACGAUCCAGAUAAUAUCACCGUGGGUGCUCUCUAUUAUAUUCCUUUGAAUUCAGUUCCUGGUGAACCAUAUCCCCUGGAGAGUGAUAUUCCUCCCACUCCCGCUCCAUCUGUUAACAAUUUCACAGGUAAUCAAGAGAAUCGUAAGGCUCAUCUGCCUUAUAAAUGGAUUUUUGGAGGUUCACUGAUUGGUCUUGCAUUGAUUAUAUUAUUAAGCAUACUUGUUUGUGUUUCCUUGAGGUCAUCAAACUGCUUUACUGAAGCCCAAAGGAGUCACACAAAAGAUCAUGAUGAAAAAGUUUCUCAUAAGUUUCAGAUCCUUCGAAAGCCCAGUUUCUGUUUUGCUUCAGGAAGGUAUGUCUGCUGCAAGUCUAAGGAUCUGAAGCAAACCAAUGGGGAAUCUAGCAACCAUCAGAUUACUGUUCCAAAAGCUCUAGGGACUGAUGUGUUUGAUAUGGAUAAGCCUGUGGUAUUCACUUACGAUGAAAUUUUUUCUGCCACUGAUGGGUUCUCUGAGUCAAGUCUUCUUGGACAUGGAAUAUAUGGCUCCAUGUAUCAUGCCCUCAUUCGCGAGCAGGAAGUUGCGAUUAAAAGAAUGGCUGCCACAAAAACUAAAGAAUUUAUGGCGGAGAUGAAAGUCUUGUGCAAGGUUCAUCACACAAAUCUGGUAGAAUUGAUUGGCUAUGCUGCUACUGAUGAUGAGCUCUUCCUUAUAUAUGAAUAUGCCCAGAAGGGUUCCCUUGGAAGCCAUUUACAUGAUCCUCAUGUCAAGGAUCACACAUCACUUUCUUGGAUCAUGAGGGUUCAGAUUGCCCUCGAUGCUGCUAGAGGUCUUGAAUACAUCCAUGAGCACACUAAAACUCAUUAUGUACAUCGUGAUAUCAAGACAAGCAACAUCUUACUUGAUGGUUCCUUCAGAGCAAAGAUUUCAGAUUUUGGUUUGGCAAAACUGGUUGGAAAAACAGGUGAGGGAGAACCUACAGCGACCAAAGUUGUCAGUACAUAUGGUUAUCUGGCUCCAGAAUACUUGAGUAAUGGUCUUGCCACCACCAAAAGCGAUGUCUAUGCAUUUGGUGUUGUUAUUUUUGAAAUUAUAUCAGGGAAGGAGGCAAUUAUACGAACAGAAGGUUUGAUGAUGAAAAAUCCAGAAAGACGCUCACUGGUAUCAGUUAUGUUAGCAGUUCUAAGGAACUCACCCGAUUCCAUGAGUAUGUCAAGCAUGAAGGAUUACAUUGAUCCAAACAUGAUGGAUCUGUAUCCCCAUGAUUGUGUAUUCAAGAUGGCCAUGCUGGCGAAGCAUUGUGUGGAUGAGGAUCCCAUCCUACGUCCUGACAUGAAGCAAGUUGUGAUUUCCCUGUCUCAGAUUCUCCUGUCCUCUGUGGAGUGGGAAGCAACUCUUGCAGGGAACAGCCAAGUGUUCAGUGGCCUUGUCCAAGGAAGGUAGUGGUGAUGUAUCUUUUUAACCCACUACUACUUUGAAGUCUUCCUUUUUCUCUUGCUUGUACCUUAUUUAUCUUUAUAGUUGUGUGUGUAUAGUAGCUCAGGUACUCCUCUAAAGUGAUAAGGUACUGGUGUGCUUUAUCCCUUUGGCCUUCAUUUUUCCUAUUUUAAAUGUUGUAUUCUUUUCUAAGUCAGCGUGGUAAAAAUUCAAUGACGAUGUCAUGAUAUAGACAAGGGAUAAUGAUGUUUUAUAAUACGAGAAAUUUGAUUUUAUUUU